AUGCCGCCGAAGAAACGCGCCAAACAGACCGCCGCGACGCCGCACGCGUCGACGCCCAGCAAGACGCCGACCAAAGACCUGCCACCUGCUGGCGGAGCCACGAGCGCCAACGCGGCGGCCAUCUCCGCCGAGACGAUCCUCAACGACCCAUGGACGGACGACCAGGAGACGUCGCUGUUCAAGAACCUGAUCCGGUGGAAGCCGACGGGGCUGCACAAGCACAUGCACAUGAUCCAGAUCGCGUCGUCGAUGACGCGCGAAGGUUUCAGCUACCAGAUGCUGCCGCAGGGAGGAGGAGGAGGAGGUGGUGGUACAAGUGGUGGUGGAGGUUAUCACCAUUCGACGCACAACUACAACAACAACGCCCACCACACGCGCAUCCCCGGCAUCUGGAAGAAGCUGGCCGAGCUCUACGACCUCGAGGCCCUGGACGAGCGCGAGAACGCGCACGCCCUCGCUGGGUGGCCCGACGUCGCGGACCGCGGGUAUGCCGUUGCUGUUGCCGUGCCUAGCAGGAAAAGCCGGAAGAGGAGGAGGGGAGGGGACGCCGACGUCGAGAUGCGAGACGCUGCUACGGCGUCCGCGGACGAGGAGGGGGAAGAGGAGGCCGACAAAGAAGAGGAGGAGGACAGCUCUGAGGAGGAGGAGGACGACGACGACGAUGUCGAGGUCGACGAGGGCCCGUGGUUCCAGCUGCCGGACGACGACUACGCGCAGCUGAUGUGGGAUCGCCGGGUCGCUACCAAUCACCCAGGCUCUUCUUCUUCUACUUCUUCUACCGCCGCUCCCCCCGCAGCAGCCAGCGGCGGCAGCGGCGUUACCAGCGCGCCAGACGCCACCACCGAUCCAACAGAGAGCAGCGGUGAUAGCAGGCGCGGCAGACGCAAACCAUCCCCACGCGUCAUCGUCGUCAACAACGCCAGCAAACAGCGCAGCGAGAGCCCGCCCGCCUGCCCGGAACUCCUCCCCAAAGUCGGCGACCCGGCACCCACGCUAACAACAGCCAGCGCCAUCGAACAGCCGCAAGAUGCCACGGCAGAAGCCGUCGACACGGACGACGGCGGCACCGGCGGCGGUCGCUCGCACGCCGGCUCGCCCGCGGCAGCCGGAGGCAGAGGCGCGAAGGGAGGAGCGGGUGGUGCAAAAGGCGGCAUGAGGGCCGCGGCAGCGGCGCGUAGCAGGAGCGGCAGGGCGGCGACGACGACGACGGGGCGCGGAAGUAGUAACGCUAACAAGGCGCAGUCGGCCGAGGCGGAAGAAGAGGACGAGGACGACGACGAGGAAGAGGAGAGUAGUAGCGAGGAGGACGAAGAUGAGACGCCGCCGGCUAAGGACAGCGGCAGCAGAGCGGCACGUGGCAGGAAGACUGCGGCGAAAGGUGGCGGCGGAGGGAAUAAGAGGACUAGUGGUCGGAAGAAGUAA